AUGGGAAGCCAGGCGCUGGAUCCACCCGAUCCGGGGAAAGACAAAUUUCAUCGCCCGGUCAGUUGCCUAGGGGCUGCGCAGGUGCCACCGCCGCUGGUCCGGCGCAAGGGCGCUGUGACCGGCCUGGCUCGCAAGCGCUGCCGUUCGGGCCCCGGAGGCACGCGGGAACCACCGGCAAGGUGCGGGCUCGCCGGCCUAGAGCCGGCUGCAGGCGCCGCGGGCACGGAGGCCGCCGUCGAGGGCAGGCUCGGAGCCGCGCAGAGGCCGGCAGUUGGGGCGCGUGGCCGCGCACAGGCCGCGGGCACCGGUAACCGCAGGCACAGACCACGAGCUCCGGCCACCGAGAGCAGCCAGCCGUGGGCGUGGAGACUGCGCAGGCUGCCUGCCGCGAGCGCGGGCGCAGGCAGCGGGGCCAUCGACCACCGGCCGUGA